UAUUCGUUGCAACCGCAGACGGAAAACGAUGCCUGAACCCGCAAAAGCCGCGCCCAAGAAGGGCUCCAAGAAAGCCGUGACUAAAGCCGCCGGCAAAGGCGGCAAGAAGAGGAGAAAGUCCAGGAAGGAGAGCUACGCCAUCUACGUGUACAAGGUCCUGAAGCAGGUCCACCCCGACACCGGGAUCUCCUCCAAGGCCAUGAGUAUUAUGAAUUCAUUCGUCAACGACAUCUUCGAACGCAUCGCCGCUGAGGCCUCUCGUCUGGCUCAUUACAACAAGAGGUCCACCAUCACCUCCAGGGAGAUCCAGACCGCAGUGCGCCUCCUGCUGCCCGGUGAACUGGCCAAACACGCCGUGUCUGAGGGCACCAAGGCUGUGACCAAGUACACCAGCUCCAAGUAAAAAUCUAACUGGACUAGAACAUCAACCCAAAGGCUCUUUUAAGAGCCACCCACUAAAUCUGAAAGGCUGACUUCUGGAGUCACUUGAUGCUGCGUUUUUCUGGAAACUCUAAAUUAAUUUCUAGAAUAACUUGAGAUCUCAAUGGACAGCACUGUUCCAUAUAUUGAAACUCAGAUGCUGUGUGUGUGUGUGUAUAUAUAGUAACAAAACUGGAUGCUGACAGUUUGAAUGUGAAACUU